AUGUCUCUGGUCGUAGAGGCAACUCUGUCUUGCGAAGGCUUGGAUAUAGAGGAGGAAUCAACCCAUGCAUCAACUGCAGGGAGCCAAAGAAUGGAGGUUCUCUUGUCGCCGAUUUCCUCUAACGAAACCCCAGCGCAUGAGGAGAACAAUUCCUCGUUGCUGGGAUCAAAAAACAGCUUCAGGUCGUCUAGUAGAACCCCGUUGAUACAGCUGGUAGUGUUGUCGGUGGCAUACAUGCUGGGAUUCUCUCCUUUAGCAGCUUUAUUGAACUUAGAAGGAAUCCUGAAUCCUGAGAUUGGACAUUAUGCCUUGAUGGGGAAUUACGGAGGUGCCAUAUUUUCAUUUGUAACAGCCCCUGUGAUUGGACGGUUUCUAGGCGCCAAGGGUUCAAUCCUGCUAGGUUGGAGCGGACAGUUGGUGUUGAUAGCAGUGCAUUUCUAUGUAAAAGCGUAUAUCCUCAUUCCUGUGGCAUUCUGUGUAGGCGUGUUGCAUGCGCAGACAAUGAUAGCUGCUGGGGUUUUCGUGACCACGUUCGCCCUACAGUAUGCAGAAAUCACUAAAAAUCAGCGACAUACAGUCAUGGGGAUGUUUAAUGGAAUGUUUUACGCCAUAUUCUCAUUUGAGACUGUUUGGAGCAAUAUCGUUUCUUCUCUAAUACUUAACCAACCUGUGGUGACCUACUUCAACGCAACAGGGCUUCCAAACCCAUUGAAUUUAAGUCAGCUAUGUGGACCAGCUUUCUGUCCGUGGGAGGAUACAUCCGGGACCUACAUCCGGCAACCGGAACAGUACAUAGUGUAUAUUCUCCUGGGGUGUUUUCUAGCAAUGUCCGGAACAGCUUUUCUGAUAACGUUGUGCUUGGUUAAGAACAUCCACCCAUCCAGCGGUGACGCCAUGCACGGAUCUAAAGACUUCUUCUUUGCUAUUGGCCAUCUACUGUUCAAAAAGAAACUGAUCUUUCUCAUCCCCCUUUUUGUGGUUACAGCAGUUGAGGAGGAAUUUAUCUUCACUGAGUUCACAAAGGCAUUUGUCAGCUGUGAAAUCGGCAUCCACUAUAACGGGUGGGUAAUGCUGGCCUACGUUGCAGGACAAUUGGUUGGUAACCUUGCAGCUGGGAGAUUGGUCAAACACCUGGGCUGGCCCAUCAUGUACAUCCUGGCAUUUCUGUGCAACUGCGCAUGCUUGACUAGCAUGUUGCUCCUCGAUCCGAUGAACAGGAGCACGGAGUUCUAUUUUCUUAUUCCGGUUGCUUGGGGUUUUUCGGACUCGGUGUGGAUGACUCAGUCUUCAGCAUACGUGGGACAUGUAUUUCCUAACGACAAGUGGCCGGCAUUUGUAGCAGUCCGUGCGGCCAUUUAUAUUGCAUGGGGUUCACUGUACGCCACAACAAACUUCAUCUGUAUGAACGACAAAAUAUACAUCGCGUUCGGUGUGAUGGGAUUCGCCAUGUGUUCUUUUGGAAUGUUUGAAUUCCUUCAUCGUGGAGAGAAGAAAAAGGAAAUUCAAGCAGGAAGAAAUUAA